UUUAUCCACUAUACAACCACUCUUUUUUAAUGUGAUUGUUGUUGUUAAUUACAUCUCUACAUUUUUGUAUGUCUUGCAUGUUACGUUUUUUACAUGUUUACGAAUCUUACCAUUCGCGAUAAGAAAAAUAAGCUCUCAGAUACGUGAUUCAACUACCAUGGUUUGAACUCAAUCUAUGCAUGCCACAAAUAUUCAGGGGACAGAAAAGCAGUUUCUUCUGGAGGAAACUUCUUUUAACGAUAAAUAUAAUCCAUUUGGUUUUGUUGAAUUAUAUUUUUUUAUUGGUUACUCGCCCUCUGUUUUCCUUUUCCUUCUGUAGUUGGUAGUAGUUUAAACUGGGUUCUGUUGUCAUCCUGUAAUCCUUAAAGCACUUGGUUGUUUGCAAACAGAUCCAUAUGCAUGAUGGUAUUGAUGUUAACAAAAUGUUGUCUAGUAGAUGCGAUUUUUUUUUUAUUUUGUUGAUGCCUAUAAUAUUGCUUCUAUAGUAAUUUCUUAGUUCACUAAAAAUAAUUUAAUCUGAUUAUUUCUCUUCUAUUUUUCAGGGACAUAUUCUUUUUUACUAAAAAGAUGUCUCCUUCCAAAUCUAAGUCUAAAGACAAAAAGGCAGGCAAAGAAGGUCAGAAGCCUGUUGCCAAGUCUUCAGGAUCUGCUAAUGCAGUAGCUGGUGUACCAGCUAGUGCAUACAACCCUUUAUUGGGAACAUUCCAUACUUUGGAGAUGCAACCGGCAUCUACAUCCCAAGUACAAUCAAAUGGUCGUUUUCGGAAUAUAGAUGAGACAGAUGAACAUCCUACUGGCUCAGUGGUAGCUGGUGUGGAGUAUGAUUCUGUUUCUAACAAUGGUAGUUGGUCUGGUGAGUCCGAGGACCAUAAAGAGAAAUCUUCCAAUCCUCCUGUUCGACUGGAGGCAGUUCCAGGAGCGGAUAAUGACAAACGAGAGAAAAUUCGCCAGAAGAAUGAAAAGAAACAUCAACGGCAGAAGGAAAGACGGGCACAAGAGUUGCAUGAUCGUUGCAGUGGAUAUAUUAUGUCAAGGAAACUAGAGGCACUUGCUCAACAGCUUGUGGCAAUGGGAUUUUCUCACGACCGUGCAACAGUAGCAUUGAUACUGAAUGAAGGAAGGGUUGAGGAAUCAGUAGCAUGGCUCUUUGAAGGUGGUGAAGAAGCAGAUAAUCAUAAAGAUGCAAAUAUAAGUGGGAGUAAUUUGAAAAUUGAUAUAUCAGAAGAACUGGCUCAGAUUGCAGACCUAGAAAUCAAGUUCAGUUUCUCAAAACAGGAGGUUGAAAGAGCAGUUGUUGCCUGUGAGGGUGAUCUUGACAAGGCUGCAGAGUCUUUGAGAGAAUUGAAGAUGGAUCGACCAUCUGGUCCACCAAAGCCAGAUGAAGUUGGUGAUCCUCCUUCAUUUGAUGGUAAGCAGACAGGAGUUGUGAAUCAAAAUGCUAGGCCACAGUCUAAACCCAUUCUUUCUCCGAAUCAACUCAAAAAAGAUGAAAAGGAUUUUAACUAUACCAAGCAAGCAGUUACUGGAGGGUCUGCGGAAUCCAGCAACAAACCUAUGCAGCCUCUUAAGAGAAUCCAAUCCAAGUCUGAUUGGGCAAAGCCUCAACAAGCUUCAAUACCAGCUGACAAGAGGUGGCCAAGUGCAGGAUCUAAUCCUUCGGUUUCUUACUCAUUGGCAUCACCAUUACAAGUGUCACCAACACCUUCUAAGACAGAAGCUUCUUAUGUGGCUGUUGGAGGUGAUUAUAAGAUCCUUCAACCUGGUCAAGCUAAGGAGCCAGUAAUUGUGAUGCAGCGGCCUCAAACUGUUAAUACAAAGCAGAUUCCAGCUGCCAGCUUGAGUUCUUCUCCUCCUGGAAUAGCUGCCAGUUGGUAUCCAACUAACAGUGUAGAAGUUAUGAAGUCCAAUGGCUUUAUGUCUCACCCUCCUAGCUCUAAAAGCCUCAGUUCAAACUAUUUCAGUUCUAAUCAAAUGUACCACCAACUUCAGGGUCAGCCUCCUCAACAGUUUGUGGCUGGCAAUAGCAGUUCGGUAGAUCUGCAAGCAACCAACCGAGGGAGUAGCCUAUGGAAUAGAACAAUGGCUGCGUCUCCAACGCUUGCUGCUGCUUCUUCUCUUGGACUCUUUUCUGGGCUGGGAUCUGCAGCAACUUCAGGGUCAACUUCUCCAGUAGACUGGAGCACUGGUGGGUCAAUGCAAUUUGAUUAUACCAACAUUGACUGGUCCUUGGAUAGAGGCUUAUCUCCACCUAGGUCUAAUGCAUUAUUGCUUGGGCUUUCACCUUUUACAAAGAGUAGUGCUCUAUACGGCUCAAAUGCUUCUGGUGUGGAUCCUCAGCCAGCAAUUAGAUCAUUACCCUCUAAUGGUAGCAUUGUUCCCUUGCCUGGAUUGCAAGAUGGUGGAGUAUCUCCUGCUGAAACAUCAGGUUCUCGGGAAUGGAGUUCUCCAUUUGAAGGGAAAGAUCUUUUUAGUUUACCGAGACAGUUUGUUUCUUCUCCCUCCCUGUAGAGUAGAGGGGAGAAAUCAAAUGAAUAAAAAAAAAGACCAAAAAAUGUGUGGAUUUGAUGUUUGUUCUUAUGAUGCUAUAGUUCAUAUGAUGUUGGUCGUAAGCUUUCUGUGAAAAA